AUGGCUACCUUGGCAGCCGCGCAGCUCGACUACAAUUCGGCGCCUCCCAACCUGUCGACGCUCACCGAUACCUCGCUGUUCUCUACAUGGAGGCCGAAAGCCCACGUGCUGCCACCUUUCGGUCAGAUAGGAGAUCCAUGCAUGCACUACACCGACCCGUCAACGGGACUCUUUCAUGUCGGCUAUCUUUUCAACGGGGGAUCCGGGGCGACCACAGAUGAUCUUGUCACCUAUACCGACCUCAACGCGAAUGGUGACCCGUUCAUCGUGGCUGGUGGUCUCAACGAUCCCAUAGCCGUCUUUGAUGGGUCGGUCAUCCCGAGCGGAAUCAAUUGCCUGCCCACGCUGCUCUAUACCUCCGUCUCCUACCUGCCAAUUCAAUGGACAAUUCCCUACACGCGCGGGAGCGAGACGCAGAGCCUGGCGGUGUCGAGCGAUGGAGGCAAGAAUUUCACGAAGUUGGAGCAGGGGCCUGUCAUCCCGUCCCCUCCGUUUGCGGUGAACGUGACGGGAUUCCGCGACCCGUACGUCUUCCAGAGUGCACAGCUGGACAAGCUCCUAAACAGCACAGAAGGGUCCUGGUAUGUCGUCAUCUCAGGAGGAGUUCACGGCGAGGGACCGAGUCAGUUCUUGUAUCGUCAGCACGACGAUGAGUUCCAGUACUGGGAAGAUAUGGGUCAGUGGUGGCACGAAAAUGCCAACUCGACGUGGGGCAAUGGCGACUUUGCAGGCCGGUGGGGAUUCAACUUCGAGACUGGAAAUCUCUUCACUCUUGAUGCGGAGGGAUACAACGAGGCCGGCGAGACAUUCGUCACUCUUGGUACCGAGUGGUCUCUGGAACCCAUUGUGCCCCAAGUCUCUGAUUUCAGAGAAAUGCUCUGGGCAGCUGGCAAUUUGUCGCUGUCUGACGAUGGCCAAGCCAAAUUCACUCCAUGCAUGGCUGGGAAACUAGACUGGGGUCACUCAGCUUAUGCCGCAGCCGGCAAGGUCCUCCCCGCCUCGUCCGUGGCAUCCACAAAGAGUGGUGCGCCCGACCGAUUUAUCUCUUACGUCUGGCUCACCGGCAACUUCUACGGGACUCAAAGUUUCCCGGCCGCACAGAACUGGACUGGCGCUCUGCUGUUGCCUCGCGAGCUCAGUGUUGGUACCAUCAGCAACGUCGUUGAUAACGAUCUGGCGAGAGACACUGGUGCCUGGAGUAUCUCCGCCAGCCACGCGCCAACAGGACUUUUACAGCUGAGAACUCUUAAGCAGAACAUUGCACGAGAGCCUCUGGCUGCAUUAAUGGCUAGUAACGCGUCGUUCACUGAGCCGGGCCAAUCCAUCAGCAGCGCCGGCUCGACGCCAUUUGCUCGGUCGCCGGGAACCAAGUUCUUCGUCAUGACGGCAAAUUUGACCUUCCCCCAAACUGCAAGAAACAGUGAUCUUAAGGCCGGAUUCAAGAUUCUCUCAUCGGAGUACGAGUCGACCACGAUCUACUACCAGUUCUCCAACGAGUCAGUCAUCGUGGACAGGAGCAACUCGAGUGCCGCUGCGGAGUCAUCUGCCGGCAUUGAUGUUAGGAAUGAGGCGGGUCGAUUGCGGCUUUUUGACAUCAUGGAAGAUGGAGAGGAGAAUAUUGAGACUCUAGAGCUGAUGAUUGUGGUUGACAAUGGAGUUGUCGAGGUACAUGCCAAUGGGAGGUUCGCUCUUGGAACAUGGAUAAGGUGA